CCCUCAGAGUAGUACUCUAAACCUCAAGUUUACCUCUACUUCUCUUAUACCAUUCCGCCUCUUAUUCUUUGCAAUUUCUCUCAACAAAGUAGAAAUGGGAUUGACCUCAUCCUUACGGUUCCAUAGACAAAACAACAAGACUUUCCUCGGAAUCUUCAUGAUCUUGGUUCUAAGCUGUAUACCAGGUAGAACCAAUCUUUGUUCCAAUCAUUCUGUUAGUACCCCAAAAGAAUUACCUUCUUCAAAUCCUUCAGAUAUUCGUUCCUCAUUAGUUUCACUAGAUUUGGAGGGUUAUAUAAGCUUCGACGAUGUCCACAAUGUGGCCAAGGACUUUGGCAACAGAUACCAGUUACCACCUUUGGCAAUUCUACAUCCAAGGUCAGUUUUUGAUAUUUCAUCGAUGAUGAAGCAUAUAGUACAUCUGGGCUCCACCUCAAAUCUUACAGUAGCAGCUAGAGGCCAUGGUCACUCGCUUCAAGGACAAGCUCUAGCUCAUCAAGGUGUUGUCAUCAAAAUGGAGUCACUUCGAAGUCCUGAUAUCAGGAUUUAUAAGGGGAAGCAACCAUAUGUUGAUGUCUCAGGUGGUGAAAUAUGGAUAAACAUUCUACGCGAGACUCUAAAAUACGGUCUUUCACCAAAGUCCUGGACAGACUACCUUCAUUUGACCGUUGGAGGUACACUAUCUAAUGCUGGAAUCAGCGGUCAAGCAUUCAAGCAUGGACCCCAAAUCAACAACGUCUACCAGCUAGAGAUUGUUACAGGGAAAGGAGAAGUCGUAACCUGUUCUGAGAAGCGGAAUUCUGAACUUUUCUUCAGUGUUCUUGGCGGGCUUGGACAGUUUGGCAUAAUCACCCGGGCACGGAUCUCUCUUGAACCAGCACCGCAUAUGGUUAAAUGGAUCAGGGUACUCUACUCUGACUUUUCUGCAUUUUCAAGGGACCAAGAAUAUCUGAUUUCGAAGGAGAAAACUUUUGAUUACGUUGAAGGAUUUGUGAUAAUCAAUAGAACAGACCUUCUCAAUAAUUGGCGAUCGUCAUUCAGUCCCAACGAUUCCACACAGGCAAGCAGAUUCAAGUCAGAUGGGAAAACUCUUUAUUGCCUAGAAGUGGUCAAAUAUUUCAACCCAGAAGAAGCUAGCUCUAUGGAUCAGGAAACUGGCAAGUUACUUUCAGAGUUAAAUUAUAUUCCAUCCACUUUGUUUUCAUCUGAAGUGCCAUAUAUCGAGUUUCUGGAUCGCGUGCAUAUCGCAGAGAGAAAACUAAGAGCAAAGGGUUUAUGGGAGGUUCCACAUCCCUGGCUGAAUCUCCUGAUUCCUAAGAGCAGCAUAUACCAAUUUGCUACAGAAGUUUUCAACAACAUUCUCACAAGCAACAACAACGGUCCUAUCCUUAUUUAUCCAGUCAAUCAAUCCAAGUAAGUGAGCAAAAUGCCAAAAGCAAAUGCGUCCAGUGAUUCUGAAACAUAAAUUACUAACCAUAUCCAACAUUUUGUGGUUUCAGGUGGAAGAAACAUACAUCUUUGAUAACUCCAAAUGAAGAUAUAUUCUAUCUCGUAGCCUUUCUCCCCUCUGCAGUGCCAAAUUCCUCAGGGAAAAACGAUCUAGAGUACCUUUUGAAACAAAACCAAAGAGUUAUGAACUUCUGCGCAGCAGCAAACCUCAACGUGAAGCAGUAUUUGCCCCAUUAUGAAACUCAAAAAGAGUGGAAAUCACACUUUGGCAAAAGAUGGGAAACAUUUGCACAGAGGAAACAAGCCUACGACCCUCUAGCGAUUCUAGCACCUGGCCAAAGAAUAUUCCAAAAGACAACAGGAAAAUUAUCUCCCAUCCAACUCGCAAAGUCAAAGGCAACAGGAAGUCCUCAAAGGUACCAUUACGCAUCAAUACUGCCGAAACCUAGAACUGUAUAAAAGUUUCCUGUGUCCGUCCUUGUAACCGCUCAGGCUAGGCAGCAAGAAAGUGAAAAAUUCUUUCUUUUUUGUUUCUUUUGGUGAACAACAAAUUUUACAGUCUGAAACAGAUUGGGACAAUUGUAUAGGAUCUCCAUAAAAAUCCUACGCAGUGUCAUUACUUUUGGUGCUCCAAAAACUCAAAAAACAUCAUUUUUAAAUCUACUAUAAGCAAACAAAUUACAAUAGCUCAAAAAAUCACCAAAUCAGAACUCUGGGUGCAAAGCGAUUUACCUUGAAGAAUCGAUUCUCAAUUGGGUCCACGAAUCUCGUUAAUGGAGCCAAGCUACGAUUUUUCCAAUCGAUUUUUGUACUGAAACAACAACGAUUAUCCCAAUUUCUCAUCAAGAUGGCAGAAAUUUGGCGCCUUUCCGCCAUGAAUAGUCACGACGAGAUUAUUUUCUCUCUUCAGAUUGUGAUUUCAAAUUUCACUUCGUUUGUCACACGCGUGAAG